GGGCGUUAACCUCAAGGAAAUCGUGGCAAGAUGGCGUCCCUGGAUCGAGUGAAGGUUCUGGUGUUGGGAGACUCAGGUGUUGGGAAAUCGUCACUCGUCCAUCUUCUAUGCCACAGUCAAGUGCUGGGAAAUCCGUCGUGGACUGUGGGCUGCUCAGUGGAUAUCAGAGUGCAUGACUACAAAGAAGGAACCCCAGAAGAGAAGACAUACUACAUAGAAUUGUGGGAUAUUGGAGGCUCUGUGGGCAGUGCCAGCAGCGUGAAAAGUACGAGAGCAGUGUUCUACAACUCUGUAAAUGGUAUUAUUUUAGUGCAUGACUUAACAAAUAAGAAGUCAUCUCAGAACUUAUAUCGUUGGUCAUUGGAAGUUCUCAAUAGAGAUUUGGUUCCAACUGGAGUCCUGGUGACAAAUGGGGAUUAUGACCGAGAACAAUUUGCUGAUAACCAAAUCCCACUGUUGGUAAUAGGGACCAAACUGGACCAGAUUCAUGAAACCAAGCGCCAUGAAGUUUUGACUAGGACUGCUUUCUUGGCUGAGGACUUCAAUGCUGAAGAGAUUAAUUUGGAUUGCACAAACCCACGGUCUUCAGCUGCAGGCUCCUCCAAUGCUGUCAAGCUCAGUAGAUUUUUUGAUAAGGUCAUAGAGAAGAGGUACUUUUUUAAAGAAAGCAAUCAGAUUCCCGGCUUUUCUGAUCGAAAGAGGUUUGGAGCAGGAGCAUUAAAGAACUUCCAUUAUGACUGAGCUGCACUAGCCUUUGGAAGAGUGAACGAGCGGUGGCAGUUGUCACAGCUUUCCUCCUGCUGUGUCAGGUUAUUAACUUCUCAGGCUCUGAAAAAACAUCUCAAAAUGCUACCUCACCCUCUCAUGGAAAAUUGAAAGAAAGCAACGAGUGAGGACCCUACUUGGCCCCUGUUGUCUGUGUUGCUCACCUCCCUGUCCCUGCUGAUAUCGUAUGGAAGAGCCUCGUGAAGACAUGAGACACUGUCGAGCCAGUGUGGCAAAUGGGCAGUGUCAAGGGCGGCACAGAAAACUGACUCUUGAAGGCGGAUCGAAUUAAUACAGGCCAAUUGGUAUAAGAUGACACCACUUUAAUAUAAAAAACACACUCACGCAACCAAAGUUCCCGCGGUGCCCAAAAACAGGAAACAGGAAGAAGGGGUCACCAGCGUCUGUGCACCCCAAUUUAUAUACAUUUGCCCGAGGCCAUCCCGCCCCCAAAGGGCGGGCUCUCUCUACAUCCUCUUGUCUGCGAUUUUUCCCACGCUCACUGCUGAAGGCUUAAUUAAGUUCUGGAGAAACCUAUCUGUGUUGUUCUACCUUCUUGAGGGGAAAGGUCAUGUUAACCAGCCCUGAGUUAUCCACCCCAAACCAUCUCUGUCAUUUUUAAAGAAGCCAAGUGGUGUUAUUUCCUUUUCUCCAGCCUCAUUCCACACAGGGAUGCCUAAGAAUAGCAACCCUGUCUCCUCCCUUCUCCCCUGGAAAAGGCUUGGUGUCUGGCAGAGACGGACUAAUAGCUGGAGUUAAAUAGAAACACAAAUUAAUAAUACAUGGAGACUAAACCAAAAGAAGGCCUCUGCGAGGCAUCAACAGCUCCUCCACACUUGAGAGUGCAGCUUUCGAAGGCGCUUUCUGCUCUCUGUCUGGAAAUCGGAUGAGAUCUCAGAGCAGCACAGGGGCAGGCAGAGAGAUUUACUGCCUCUUUGGUCUUUUCUUUCUGUUUGUUGUUGUCAUGGUUUCGGGUUUGGUUUUGGUUCUUAAAGGAAAUUCAGAUCCUGAAAUGCCCUUUAAUAUGAUGAACAAUAAACUAAGAAUAUUAUCCUUGA